AUGGGAGAGCCAGAUUCCUAUGGUCGUGAGCACGGACUAAGAAAUUAUUCCCAAUAUCCUCGAAGACAAGGAAGCCAGUGGCCUCCUUCCACUUCAGGGCAAAACAAUAUGUGGAAGUCUCGUGAUAAUUAUUCCCGAUCCUAUUCUAACGAUUCCCGACCCCACAAAACUCACAACGAUAAGCCUAGUGAACUUGGCAGUAAGCUUGAGCCAGUCACUUGGAAUGUGAGGGAACUUCCUCCAUUCAGAAAAGACUUCUACACUGAGCGUCCUGAUGUUUCGGCAAAAAGUGAAGCAGAAAUUACAAAAAUUAGGGAUGAUCUUCAAAUGACUAUUAAUGGCACUGAUAUCCCGAGACCAGUAGUCUCGUUUGAAGAAGCAAAUUUCCCUGAUUAUAUCCAAAAUAUGCUAAGAAAUACUGGAUUCACUUCCCCUACACAUAUUCAAAGCCAGAGCUGGCCAAUUGUAUUGAGUGGUCGAGAUUUGAUCGGUAUCGCCAAAACUGGCUCUGGAAAAACCCUUGCUUUUAUCCUUCCAGCAAUAAUCCACAUUUUAGACCAACCUCAGCUCAAGCCGCGAGAUGGCCCAGUAGCCUUGGUAUUAUCCCCUACUAGAGAGCUUGCGAUGCAGACAUCACAAGAAUGUACACGAUUUGGAAGGCCUUGCAGAAUCAGCAAUGCUUGUGUAUACGGUGGAGCUCCUAGAUCUCGUCAACAAAUGGAACUUCAAAGAGGAGUCCACGUUGUCAUUGCAACACCAGGGAGACUAAUUGAUUUUUUAGAAAACGAAGCCACAAACCUCAGAAGGGUCACUUAUUUAGUUUUAGAUGAAGCUGAUAGGAUGCUCGAUAUGGGAUUUGAGCCUCAGAUAAGAAAAAUCAUUGAACAAGUAAGACCUGACCGACAAACUGUCAUGUUUAGUGCAACUUGGCCAAAAGAAGUACAAGCGCUUGCAAGGGAUUUUUUGGUAAACCCUGUGCAUCUGCAAAUUGGGUCACUUAACCUGUCAGCGAAUCAAGAUAUAAGACAAAUUAUUGAAAUUGUGGAAGAACCGCAUAAGCUUACAAAAGUGAUAAAUAUUUUGCAUGAUAUUGCUAGACCAGGAUCAAAAACUAUUGUCUUUUGUGAAACCAAAAAAGGAUGCGAUGUCCUUUGCUAUGAGCUUAAAAAAGAAAAUUUCCCAGCAGACGCGAUUCAUGGAGACAAAACUCAGCGAGACAGAGACCAGGUUUUGAGAGAUUUUAGAAAUAACAGAAUAAACAUUAUGGUAGCUACCGACGUAGCAGCCAGAGGUCUUGAUAUCAAAGACGUAAACCACGUCAUAAAUUAUUCCUUUUAUAGAAAAUAGAAAUUUCUGCUUAUCCUUUAUUUAUUUUAUAUGAAAAUUAAAAAUUUUAAUAUAAAUAGGUAUAUGAUUUCCCAGGACAAGUCGAAGACUACGUUCACAGAAUUGGAAGGACUGCCAGAGCCGGAGCCAAAGGGACAGCAAUUUCAUUUUUCACCCAACAAAAUGCCAGAAUGGCUGGAGAUUUAAUUAAGCUAUUGAGGGAGUCCAAACAAGAUAUCCCUGACAGGCUUUAUGAUAUGUACAGAAGCCAAAGACCAGCACAGAAUUACAACAGAUAUAACAGAUGGGGAUACCAAAGCAGGAAUUAUGGCCCACCUAGAAGUAGAAGUCCAAGAAGAUCUAACUAUUAUUAA